CGCAUGUUAGCCUCACCCACCUUUUAUAGAAUCAAAAGGCUCUUCUGUCUUAUAUAUUUACAUCUCUCAACGACCCGCCAUUUCUACGUCAUUUCGUACACACAAUUUCUCACCUUUUGCUCUCUCGUGAUGACCAGUUCCACCACCAGCUCAAGAAGCCGGAACACUAGCUCUGGCGUGCGGUCAACGCCGGACCGAUUUGCUUACUCUCCUAGCUAUUGCUACCCUGAAUCAGCUGCCUCUCGGAAAUCCGGUUCAGGCCGAAAUCCAGUAAAGGUUGCCGCCCGGUCCAUUGCUGGAGCUUUUGUCGCGUGUUUUACACCUCCCGAGACAGAUGGUAGCAAGAAUUUUGGAGUGUCCGAUGAGUUUAGAGAUCCUCCCGUUGAACCGGAAACGUCAAGAACGAAUAGCGAGAGGAGGGGUUCGAAUCGAGGGAUUUAUUCAAAUUCAACAAAGGAGAAAGGGCCUGGGAACAUGAGAUUCACGAUGGAAGAAAUUUUUAAGGCCACAAGGAACUUCUCCCCUGCUUUCAAGAUUGGACAAGGUGGGUUUGGGACGGUUUAUAAAGGAAGACUUGAUGAUGGAACUUUUGUGGCUAUCAAGCGUGCUAAAAAGAGUGUAUAUGAUAAGCAUUUGGGUGUGGAAUUCCAAAGUGAAAUAAGAACACUGGCACAAGUGGAACAUUUGAAUUUGGUUAAGUUUUAUGGGUAUUUAGAGCAUGGGGAUGAAAAAAUUGUUGUUGUGGAGUAUGUGCCUAAUGGAACUCUUAGGGAACACUUGGAUGUUGUGCAUGGGAAAGUUCUUGACCUUGCUGCACGACUUGAUAUAGCUAUUGAUGUGGCCCAUGCCAUCACCUAUCUUCAUAUGUAUACAGAUCACCCAAUCAUCCACAGAGACAUAAAAUCUUCCAACAUUCUCCUUACUGAAAAGUUACGGGCCAAAGUUGCUGACUUUGGUUUUGCUAGGCUGGCUGCUGACACGGAUUCUGGUGCAACCCAUGUGUCUACCCAGGUUAAAGGAACUGCCGGCUAUCUGGAUCCAGAAUACCUGAGAACCUAUCAACUUACAGAAAAGAGUGAUGUUUAUUCAUUUGGAGUAUUAUUGGUCGAACUAGUCACAGGCAGGCGCCCCAUUGAAUCGAAACGGGAACUCAAGGAGCGGAUAACAGCGAGAUGGGCAAUCAAGAAGUUUACUGAUGGUGAAGCCAUUUCAACCUUGGACCCUAGGCUAGAACUGGCUGCUCCGACUAACUUAGCCCUCGAAAAGAUUCUUGAACUAGCCUUACGGUGCAUGGCUCCCCGUAGACAGAGUCGGCCUAGUAUGAAGAGGUGUGGGGAGAUCCUAUGGAGCAUCCGUAAGGAUUAUAGAGAGCAAUCAGCUUUAGAGCUUCGCUCUCUUUCAUCUACUUCACAGAGAAAUGCUUCAGUUAGAGAAAAAUAAACGAAGGGCUUAGAUGCAACCUAAAAGUUUUGUUUGUUCUAUCGGUGUUGUUAAAGCUAAACGUGCAAGGUCCAAAUGGUUAGAGCAGAAAACAGAGCGGAGUUCCUGGAGGAUCAACCAACUGAGAACCUGCCAGCAACGAGUCAUAAGAAAGCAAAUAAAUUUUCCAGAACCGGAUGUCAUGAUCGGUCUUAAACAAGCUUAAGUUUUUGUAUUAUUAUGCUGGAAAUGUGUUCGUCUGGUUUCGCUUGUGUAUAGGAAAUUAUUCAAUUUGUUGAUUAUUAUUAAGUUCUUUAUUUCUGUUCU